CAUCCCCUCUCCGCGGCGGUGGACUGGGCUACCUUGACCCCUCCGCGUUGCCGUCUUUUCCGGCAGUUGGGGAGCUUCCUGUUGUCCUCACCCGCAACCGCUUCUCGGCCGCUACCUCAGAACUCCUCCCGCAUCCCCUCUCCUCCUCUGGGUCGCUGGCUGCUGCUGCUGCCGGGGCUUCGCCUGUCUGCACGUCGAGACCGCUGGCCGGGUGGGCGUCUGCGGCUGUCCGCCGCCCCCAGCCCUGCCUUCCCCGGGGCUCUGCAGCCAUGGCAAUGACAGGCUCAACACCUUGCUCGUCUAUGAGUAAUCACACAAAGGAAAGAGUGACAAUGACCAAAGUGACACUGGAGAAUUUUUAUAGCAACCUUAUUGCUCAACAUGAAGAACGAGAAAUGAGACAGAAGAAGUUAGAAAAAGUGAUGGAAGAAGAAGGCCUAAAAGAUGAAGAGAAACGACUCAGGAGAUCAGCACAUGCUCGGAAGGAAACAGAGUUUCUUCGUUUGAAGAGAACGAGGCUUGGAUUGGAAGAUUUUGAGUCCUUAAAAGUAAUAGGCAGAGGAGCAUUUGGUGAGGUGCGGCUUGUUCAGAAGAAAGAUACAGGGCACGUAUAUGCAAUGAAAAUACUCCGUAAAGCAGAUAUGCUUGAAAAAGAGCAGGUUGGCCACAUUCGUGCGGAGCGUGACAUUCUAGUGGAGGCAGACAGUUUGUGGGUUGUGAAAAUGUUCUAUAGUUUUCAGGAUAAGCUAAACCUCUACCUAAUCAUGGAGUUCCUGCCUGGAGGUGACAUGAUGACCUUGUUGAUGAAAAAAGACACUCUGACAGAAGAGGAGACGCAGUUUUAUAUAGCGGAAACAGUAUUAGCUAUAGACUCCAUUCACCAACUUGGAUUCAUCCAUAGAGACAUCAAACCAGACAACCUUCUCCUGGACAGCAAGGGCCAUGUGAAACUUUCUGACUUUGGCCUUUGCACAGGACUGAAAAAAGCACAUAGAACAGAAUUUUAUAGGAAUCUGAACCACAGUCUCCCCAGUGAUUUCACUUUCCAGAACAUGAAUUCCAAAAGGAAAGCAGAAACCUGGAAAAGAAAUAGACGUCAGCUAGCCUUCUCCACAGUAGGCACUCCUGACUACAUUGCUCCUGAGGUGUUCAUGCAGACCGGGUACAACAAGCUCUGUGAUUGGUGGUCGCUUGGGGUGAUCAUGUAUGAGAUGCUCAUUGGCUACCCACCUUUCUGUUCUGAGACCCCUCAAGAGACAUAUAAGAAGGUGAUGAACUGGAAAGAAACUUUGAUUUUUCCUCCAGAAGUUCCCAUCUCUGAGAAAGCCAAGGAUCUAAUUUUGAGAUUCUGCUGUGAAUGGGAACAUAGAAUUGGAGCCCCUGGAGUUGAGGAAAUCAAAAGUAAUUCUUUUUUUGAAGGCGUUGACUGGGAACAUAUCAGAGAGAGACCUGCUGCAAUAUCUAUUGAAAUCAAAAGCAUUGAUGAUACCUCAAACUUCGAUGAGUUUCCAGAAUCUGAUAUUCUUAAGCCAACAGUGGCCACAAGUAAUCACCCUGAGACUGACUACAAGAACAAAGACUGGGUCUUCAUCAAUUACACAUAUAAGCGCUUUGAGGGCUUGACUGCAAGGGGAGCAAUACCUUCCUACAUGAAAGCAGCAAAAUAGUACCUUUGUGAUGGAAUCCUAAGUGGAGCAGAGUUCUUUGUACAACAUCAUGGUUUUCCUCUCACAUUCUUUUGAAAGAGCUUCCAAGAAGUUUAUUCAACACCAAGUCUCCCAAAAUGUGAUAGUAAGUGGAUUUUCUUCCAUAAUGCAUCUGAAAACCUAUAGGACAAGGCAACCAUUUCUACUACAUUGGCCAUAAACAGCUGUCUUGCUUCUUUAGAAGUGUCAUGAGCCAAUUCGAUAGAUAUUUUAAAAAGAACUUGAGGUUUCCUAAGUUCAUCAGAAUGAAGAGAAAAAAGAGCCAUCAUUCAUCAUUAUUGAGAUUGUAAUGUACUCUCAUUGAAUAUCAGCCAAUUGCUGUGAUUUUGUGACACACUAUCUGCCAAGCCCACCGAGUAUUUCUUUUUUCUCUAUGGCUAAAAGUUCCAUAGUACUAAGAAAUAAAGCAAUAAUGAAAGUUUUAGCAGCCAGCAUUCUGGCUGAAGGAAAUGAUCCACCAUUCUGAGGGGUGGUGAUGGUAGUUUCUCCCCAUACCUCGGCCGAGUGGCUUUUUAUAUCCUUCAUUCAUGGUGCACUUUAUUUAUGGUACUAGGAUAAAGACCUUCAAUCCACCGAUUUAUCUCUUCCCUCCUGCCAGUCUAUAAUACUCAUGCUGCUUUUUUGAGUGUCGAGAGGGGGUACCAACAUGAUCCACUGUUGCUCUUAGAAUGCCCAAAGUGCCAUCAGGCAUUGCCAAGGAGUCCCGGAUCAGGUGGAAAAUCCUCACUUUCUGUUCAUGGCUGUAACAGAAGAUCCCUAAGAUGGACGUUGCCAUGGAACAGCAAUACCUGCAUGUGCUGCCAACAGGAACUCAGUUGAUUCCUGGGAACAUAGCAGGGAGAAUCAAUCCAGGCAGAGGCAGGAGGCCUCAAACCCCUCUUGGCUAAGGUGCUGCUCCCGCUUCUCCUGCAAGGUCUGCAGAACCUCCUUGGACGUGGUGAAAGGAACCAGCCCAGUCGAAAGUGCAAAGCCAGCUGACAAAUCCUUGUAAAGUUCACUCCUCAAUCAUUGGUGCAACCAUGCUUGUCUUCUCUCUUGGUAUUUCUCCUCUCCCAACUUUAAGUAGCCAUUUUGCCUUGGAAUCAUGAUUACAAAUUUUUCCUUUGCAGAUGCCUUUGUGGGAGAUACUCCUCCCCACCCUAACGGGUUGCCUGCAGGUUGGGCUGACUGGGCCACUCUGCUAUGGCUCUCUCAGAGACCCUCUGAAUUUUAGCACAAAGUGCCUUCUCUUUCAUACCUGCCACCACCUUUAGAGGAAUUCUGCUGCAUCAGAAAAGUGUGGAGGCUCCAUAUUAAUGCAUUAUUCCUUUUUUCUUUUUUAAAGUUUAAUAACUCUUAAAGCAUCAUUUGCACCUGUGUGGCAACUCUGUCUGUUACAGAGCAUCAUGGUCAAGCUACCACUGGGAAACUGCUUUCUGCCAGUCUUGAGGUUGUGAAGAUCAGUACUGAAAUGAAGGUAUAUUCUAGCUUGGCCUUUCAGAACAGAAAAAUGGAAUAUCAGAGUAAUAGUUGUAGGUGAAACUGCUUUGGGUUUUACCGUCAUUGAGGAUGAAAAAACAAGAAUGUUAGGGAAGUCUUAAUUUGGAUGCAGGUAAUGUGUUUGCCCCUUAAUCUUUCAUUGGUAGCUUGUUAGUGAAAAGGAAAUAAAUGAGAUUCUUUUGUGUAACUUUGUAGUCUCUCUGUAUUACCAAAUAGUUGGGGUCUUGGCCCCUGUGUUUUGCAAGAGUGUGUGGUAAGCACAGGUAAAGAGAAGUGAUGGGAGUGGUGGUAGAGUCUGUGU